UUGAAGCAUUCAAGCGAAACAAACACAAUGUACACCAAGAUCGUGAGUUUUGCUGCAAUGGUGGCUUUUGUGAGCGCCGCCCCCCAGUACCACCACGGCCCAACCGCCUCCUACACCGUUAAACAACAACACACCUAUCACCACACCCCCGUUGUUGCCGUGCAUGCCGCCCCCGUCCACGUCCCUGUCGUCCACGCCGCCCCCGUAAUCCACGCCGCCCCCGUAGUCCACGCCGUCCCUGUCGUCCACGCCGCUCCCAUCCAUCAUGAAGAACAUCAUUAUGCCCAUCCGAAAUACGAGUUCAAAUAUGGUGUUGAGGACCACCACACUGGGGAUAUCAAACAACAACAUGAAACUCGUGAUGGGGAUGUUGUCAAGGGUGAAUACUCCCUCCAUGAACCCGAUGGUACCAUUUUGACCGUCCACUACACUGCCGAUAAGCAUAAUGGGUUCAAUGCUGUUGUUGAGAGGAAAGGUCAUGCUGCCCAUCCUCAACAUGUUGCCAAAGCUCUAGUCAUUGCCAUUUUCGCCUUGAUGGCUUUGUACACCCAAGCCAUCCCCAUCGGCGAGGCCACUUCCUACGCCACUGUCACCCAACACCAACAACACCACCAAAUCCAGGCUUUGGUCAAAGCCACCCUUCCUGUAGCUGUGCACACCCUUCAUGCCGCUCCUGUGUUGGUACAACAAGCCCAUCACACUGUAGACUACCACACCCAUCCAAAAUACGCCUUCAAAUACGGAGUUGAGGACCACCACACUGGAGAUAUCAAGUCGCAGGAAGAAACCAGAGAUGGGGAUGUGGUCAAGGGUGAGUACUCCGUCCACGAACCCGAUGGUACCAUCUUGAAGGUUCAAUACACCGCCGAUAAGCACAAUGGGUUUAACGCUGUGGUACACAGAGAAGGACACGCCGCCCAUCCCCAACAUGUCACCAAGGCUCUCUUGGCAAGCCGUAUAAAAAGACAAGUGGAGGAUGCUCCAAGUCAGUCCACUCUUAAACUUUUCAACAACAUGUUCGUUAAGGUUUUUGGCAUCGCGGUGUUGGUGGCUUGUGCCCAAGCUUUGGGUGAACAUGGCCACGCCACUUCGUACGCCUCCUUCUCGCAACACAUCGGGGCUGUCGCCGCCCCCAUCGCCAAAAUCGCCGCCCCCGUUUACACCGCACAUGCCGCCCCUUUGAUCGCCUCGCACGGUAGCUCCUAUUCCAGCUUGUCUUACGCUGCCCCCGCCCUGCACGCCGCUCCUCUACUUCACGCCGCCCCCGUUGUACACGCCGCCCCCGUUGUACACGCCGUCGCAGUAGAGCAAUAUGCCCACCCCAAGUACGACUUCAGCUACGGUGUAGAGGACCACCACACUGGCGAUAUCAAGUCGCAGCACGAAACCCGCGAUGGGGACGUCGUCAAAGGUUCCUACUCCGUGGUUGACCCAGAUGGUACCCACAGAACCGUCCAUUACACCGCCGACCAUCAUAACGGUUUCAACGCUGUGGUUGAACGGUCUGGACAUGCUAUCCACCCUGCCAAGGCUAUAAUUGCCGCCCCCGUGGCUAAAGCUGUGGUCGCCGCCCCCUUGCAUGGUUUGGGUCUUGGUGCUUAUGGACAUUACUAGACUCAAAUAUCUUACUUUAUAGAGUUUUUAUUCUUGUACAAAAUAUUAAAAGUUUAUUUUUGA